CUUCAAAAUUAGUUAGUUAGCUAGAAAAACAAGCAAUAUUGCUUGUUUUUGCUCUUGAUUUUGUUUUCCCUAAACAAGGUUAGCAUGGAAGAGGGAAGGGUAGUGAGUGAGUUCACACAAGAUGGAACUGUUGAUCUUAAAGGGAAACCUAUUCUCAAAUCCAAAACUGGUUGUUGGAAAGCUUGUUCAUUCUUUGUUGUGUAUGAGGUAUUUGAGAGAAUGGCUUAUUAUGGAAUAUCAUCAAAUUUGAUCUUAUAUUUAAUAAAGAAGCUUCAUCAAGGUACUGUGACUUCUUCUACCAAUGUUACCAAUUGGGUUGGUACCAUUUGGAUCACUCCAAUAUUGGGUGCUUAUGUUGCUGACGCCUGCCUUGGCCGUUAUUGGACCUUUGUUACUGCUUCCUUUAUCUAUCUAUUGGGCAUGUCUAUGCUUACAUUAUCAGUUUCUCUUCCAAGCCUAAAACCACCUGAGUGUCAUGAAAUGGAUGUGACAAAAUGCAAGGAAGCUUCUACAUUACAGCUAGUUGUGUUCUAUGGUGCACUCUACAUUCUAGCAGUGGGAACAGGUGGAACAAAACCUAACAUUUCCACUAUUGGUGCUGAUCAAUUUGAUGAGUUUGACACAAAAGAGAAGAAACACAAACUCUCAUUCUUCAACUGGUGGAUGUUCAGCAUCUUCAUUGGAACCCUUUUUGCAAAUUCAGUUUUAGUCUACAUACAAGAUAAUGUUGGUUGGACUCUUGGGUAUGCACUUCCAACUCUUGGACUUGCAAUAUCUAUCAUAAUAUUUUUGGCAGGCACACCAUUCUAUAGACAUAAAUUACCUACAGGAAGUCCCUUUACUAAAAUGGCUAAGGUAAUAGUGGCUGCUAUGAAGAAAUGGAAUGUGCCUAUUCCUAGUGACCCUAAAGAACUAUAUGAACUUGAUUUGGAAGAGUAUGCAAAGAAAGGAAGUGUUAGAAUUGAUUCAACUCCCACAUUGAGAUUCCUCAACAAGGCAUGUGUCAAGACUAAUUCAAGUACUAGUACAGCGAAAUUGUGCCCAGUUACACAUGUAGAGGAGACCAAACAAAUGAUAAGAAUGAUCCCAAUCAUGGCUACUACAUUAAUUCCUAGUACAAUGAUUGCUCAAAUAAAUACAUUGUUUGUGAAACAAGGAACAACACUUGAUAGAGGCAUUGGGAGUUUCAAAAUUCCACCAGCAAGUUUAGGUACAUUUGUGACAAUAUCAAUGCUUAUAAGUGUUGUGCUCUAUGAUCGUUUCUUUGUAAAGAUCAUGCAAAGAUGGACUAAAAACCCUAGAGGAAUUACUCUCCUUCAAAGGAUGGGCAUAGGAAUCAUAAUUCAUAUAGUGAUUAUGGUAGUUGCAACUUUCACUGAAAGAUAUAGGCUUAGUGUAGCCAAAGAACAUGGAGUAGUUGAAAAUGGAGGAUUAGUUCCAUUGAGCAUAUUCAUUUUACUCCCUCAAUUUUUACUUAUGGGAACAGCUGAUGCAUUUUUAGAGGUUGCUAAAAUUGAGUUCUUCUAUGAUCAAGCUCCAGAAAGCAUGAAGAGCUUGGGCACUUCUUAUUCAAUGACUAGCUUAGGCAUUGGAAAUUUUAUUAGUACUUUUCUUCUAUCAACAGUUUCACACAUCACUGAGGAACAUGGUCACAAAGGGUGGAUUUUGAAUAAUCUUAAUGCUUCUCAUCUUGAUUACUACUAUGCAUUUUUGGCUAUACUAAAUGUCUUGAACUUUAUCUUCUUUUGUAUUGUUACGAAGUAUUAUGUAUAUAGAGCUGAAAUUUCAGAUUCCAUAAAAGUGCUUGCAGAAGAAUUGAAGGAGAAGACAAGUGUUGUGUCAUACCAAGUGAUUCCAAGAGAUUAGUUUAUUGGUUCUUGGGUAGUAUUGUAACAUUAAAUGUAUAACAUCCAAAUGUAUUUGAACAAAACUCAUGACAUGGAGAAAGAAGAAGAUGAACUGAAUGUGCUAAACCGAAUUAUAAUUCAUUGUAACAGAAAAUUUACAAGUGACAAGCUUAUAUACACUUGAUCAGUGUCAACCCAUCA